AUGUACUUCGUCAAUUGUAUAGUAGUUGUAGUAGUCCUUUUGUUGUCUUCAAUUGUUUUCAAUGUUUUGUGUGCAAAUAGUUUUCAAUUAACUGAAUUUGUUAAAAGGAUUUUUGAAGAAAGUAGUGAUUCAACUAGUGUUUGUUUUAUUGGAAUUAGUGAUGAUUAUGAUUAUGAUUUUUUGACAUUUUUCAUGGAAGAACAUUUUGAAAUUCCUAUUAUUAUUCUUACAAAUUCAUCAGAUCUUUUGAAGGAUAAAAAUUUAAUAUUGGAUAAUUCAAUUGUUGUUCUAAGGACACUCAGAAAGGAUAAUCAAAUUGUUCAAAUAUUGGAUUCAUUUAUUGGGCGUCUUCGAGUUCGAAAAUUUGUCAUAAUUUCUACAAGUACUUUGGAAAAUCUUCAAGAAUGGUUCCAGUACUUUCAGGAUACAAAAUUUACAAGGAUAUUUGGAAUUGUUGGCAAUGCUUGCUAUGCAUUCCUUCCAUAUGCUGAUAAUCAAAUUCAAAAAAUCGUCCUUGAUAAGGAAUUUAUAUUGCCUGAUGCUAUGAAGGAUCUUAAUGGCUUGGUAAUUCGUACAUCACUUCAGCGAGAUAUUCCUCGAUCUUUUCCAUAUCCUUGUCAGCAAGAAAAACGAUGCGUCGGGGGAAGUUAUGGUCAAGUUUUUGUUAAUUUUUUAAAACGACACAAUGCAAGUUAUCAGGAAAUCACUAUCAGCAAUUCAACAAGACUCACCAUUCCGAAUGUGAUAAAUGCAACAAUAAGCAACACAAUUGACUUUAGUAUGAAUGUAUUCACCCCGACACCAGGACUUGACUACAGUUAUCCUGUAAAAUAUGUCUCUUGGAAUAUUUUAGUUCCAAUAAAUGGCUACGUUGAUCCUAAUCAAUACUUUAUAAAGCCAUUUUCCUUUUUGGUAUGGGUUUUGAUUGGAGUAAGUUUUAUCUACAUCAUUUUUAUGGAGGUCCUUAAGGAUAUUUUUUUGAAAAUUCCUCCAGACAUAUGGAAUUCAUUCAGUCGAACAAUGUUGGCAAUGUUAAAUUUAUCCUCUGAGAAACCUAUAACAUCGGAUUAUUGUAUUCAUAUUCAGGUCCUUUUUUUAUAUUUUAUCCUUGGCAAACUCUACAAUAUUUAUGUGACAUCAUUUUUAACAAUUUUCAUAAGGAUCAAACAAUUCGACACAAUUCAAGAGUUAAUUGAUAAUAAUGUGAGUGUAAUGAUUCCAUACUACGAAUGGGCAUUGAUAUCGGAUGAUGAUUUGCAUCCUGAAGGAUUUGAAAAAAUUGUUGCUUCCGUUGAUUACCCAACUUAUAUUACAGAAAUGAAUUCAAUGAGAAAUAUAAGUUAUGCCUAUGGAGUUGGUUCGGAUCGUGGAGAAUUUUUAAUAGGAAUGCAGACAUAUUUUGCCAAUCCAUUAUUUCAUCCAACUCGUGAUGGUUUAGUGGAAUUGCAUUUGGGAUUUUUGCUAGAACUUCAUUCGCCAUUUACAGAAAUAUUGAGUACUUUUAUUAUUGAUGUUAUGGCAACUGGAUUGAUUGGGAAAUGGGAUAAUGAUGCUAUUGUUCAAGGAAUUAAAGCUGGAUUUGAAGUGGAUAAGACUGGUGAACAUCCAACGAAAUUACCAAUACCUUUGACGUUGAAUCAUUUGUUAUUUGCUUGGAAUUGUUUAGUUAUUGGAUGGAUUUGUUCAGUGAUAAUAUUUUUUGGAGAGAUUUUUAAAUAUUUUUUUGAAAGGGAAAAUAAUUAA